AUGGCCCCACAUCAGAAAAAAGCAUUGACCUUCACGAUUGAGCGUGAAAGAGGGUGGAAUGCCUCGAAAACCAGGAACGACUUCUGGAAAACCCACAUCGAUGCGUUUGGAACCACGAGAUACAAAAACACUGUAUCUGGCGUAACUCAGGCAUCGAGACCAACAUCGCUUCAUGGAGGCAUACUCGCGGAUGGAAUGGGUAUGGGAAAAACCCUCAGCAUGCUUUCGCUAAUUGUCGCAAACCCGUCCCGCAAUGACGAGUCCAAUCAGCACGGGAAAAAUGUCGUCAAGAGCACAUUGAUUGUCGUCCCCUCUAGUCUGUUGUUGCAAGCGUGGCAAGGUCAGAUAAGGAUGCAUUGCCGUCCAGAACAUGUUCGCUAUCAGAUUUUACAUGGCCCUGAACGACACAAGGCUGUCAACAUCGGAGACUAUGAUAUUGUUUUGACCACCUACAACACCGUCAGCACGGACUGGAAGAGGAACAGCAGUGAAGAGGGCGUUGCUUCCCGCCCCAACGUUCUGUUCGAAACGUCCUGGUACCGUGUGGUCUUGGAUGAAGCACACUUCAUUCGCAACCGGAACACAAAAAGUGCAAACAGUGUCUAUUCGUUGACGUCGCAGCGCCGGUGGUGCAUUACAGGGACGCCCAUACAGAACAGAUUGACCGACCUAUUCAGCCUUUUCCGGUUCCUGAGACUUGACCCCUUUGGCGAUUACAAGGUCUUUGAAGAAGAGAUCCUUGGGCCGUGGAAGUCGAAAUUGGAUGACAUAGCUACGGCUCGUCUUCGGUACAUUGUGAAGGCAAUCAUGCUGCGCCGUUCAUGGACGCAAGUACACCUACAGGAACCAAAGGAAUACGUCAUUGAGGUUUCAUUCAACGCUCAGGAACGUGAGGAAUAUCAGAAAGCUGCGACACAGGGUAUCAGCGACUUGGACAGUGCCCUCGACACAGACCAACAACCCUUCAAUUCGGUGUAUUUGAACUCCCUCCAAAACCUCAACGUCCUGAGAUUCAUCUGCAACCAUGGUAUUCGUCCAAGUCGUCAAGAAGCUGAGCGGGAUUCAAGCUGCGUAUUCGAGACAGCUUCGCCAACAAUCCCCAAAGAGGAGGCGGAAUCCGGAGAGACGACACUUUUGCGCGAUCUUCCCUCGGAGAAAAAUGUCGAUGAGUCUUCGUCUUUCAGGGCAUCUUUCAGGGUCACAGAUCCUGAUGAUUCUGACAACGAGUCCGUUCAGUCAUUGAUCAGCGGCGGCAGAAGUACGAGAGCUUCAUCGGCAGAUUUUACAGAAGAGGCUCCAGUACCGUGGGCUUUUAGCCUGGAUCUGGUCUGUGUACAAUGUGGAAGCCAAAACUUGAACCCGAGGCAGGACAGUUAUGACUUGGGCAGUGGCACGAACGCCUACACCGAACACAUUCCGCCUCAGCUCUGCAAAAAUUGUCUUGAAUACGAAAAGCCCGUAUCCUUAGACUUGUCAAUUUAUACUGAACAUGUAAUGUCAUCCGAGCCGGCAAGCCAGGCCGGACAGUCGGUCAUGAAGCGGUCGACCAAGAUCAUGGCUCUGUUGAGUCAGAUCACCCACGUACCAACAAGGGAGAAAUCCGUCGUUUUCUCUUGCUGGACGCAAAGCCUGUGCGCAGUAGAGGACGUACUGUCGCAAAACGGAAUCUCAUGUGUUCGUUAUGAAAGCACAUCGAACUUGGCACGGCGACUACGGGUGCUAGAUAUGUUUAUGUACGACCCUUCCAUUCGAGUGAUCUUGAUGCCCAUAUCCUGCGCAGGUGUAGGCGCGGGUCUCACGGCAGCGAGCCACGUCUUCCUUCUGGAACCUCAGUGGAAUCCGACGGUCGAGGCGCAAGCGAUAGCCAGAGUCGUCAGAUUAGGCCAGACCCAGCAGGUAUCGGUGUACCGCUUCGUGGUUAAGGACACGUGCGAGCAGAGCAUCAUGAAGAUACAGACGCAGAAACUCAGCCUGGCCAAUCUGGUCGUGGACAGGUCGACUUUGCAAAGGGGUCAAGUUGGAAAGAAACAGCUUCAUCAACUGCGUGGAUUGGUGUCGUCGGUGUCGUAG